CCUGUGUGAGGCACGGAGGUCACUUACAGACGGAGCGAAUGAAAGCUGGCCAGGAAGUUUUCACGAAGAAGCGUCAGCAUGCUGUGAUUGCUCCCUAGGGGACCGAAGUGCGUUCAAACUUACCUCCCACUCGCCAGCUCACCUUCUCCCCAGUCCCUUCAUCCCGAUGGAUCAACAUGAUGCGAAUGACCCCCCUCCUCCGUACUCGGUGGCCGUGCAGCUCCAGCCCCCCCUCAAGUCGUAUGAAGAGGUAGUUUAUGGGACGGGGGGAGGGCUGUACCCCCCCAGCCAGCCCCACUAUGUCCCUCAACCUCUCCCACCUGUGGUCCUACCCCAUGUCGCCCAGCCUCUUCCUCAGAGGAAGAAGAAGAUGUCCUGCGGUGGUGCCCGCUGCUACGGGGGCUCGGGAGUGACUACAAUUCUGCUCCUGCUGCUCGCUGUUGCCAUCUGGCUGGGAGUGCAUUUCAGCUCCAGGCAGUGGACAGCUGUUGGCGGCAACAACGACAACGACAACGACAACGACAACGACGAUGAUGGCGGCGGCGAUGACGAUGAUGGCGGUGGGAAUAAGGGGACGCGGCCCAGCUUGGCUAUGCGGGACACCUGCCCCAACGACACAGUGCUGUGUGACAUGAGGCUCGACUGUGAGAUGGGCAGUGACGAAACCGUCUGUGUGAGAUUUGGGCAGAACGCUCUUUUGUUGGUCCGGACCGCUCAGGAUGAGCGUUUCUUGCCGGUGUGCUCGCAGGGCUGGGGCCAGAAUAAUGCCGACCAGACCUGUGACCAGAUGGGCUUCCGAAAGAGCUAUAAGACAGGAAGUAUAGAGGCUCAGCCCUCCACUGGACUCACAGUCAUCAGCAGCGGGCCUGAGCUGAUCCAUGGAAAGGUCAACGUCAGCACUUCCUGUCCUGGACACCAGACUGUCUCUCUGGAGUGUGUAGACUGUGGGAGGCCGCAGUCAACCUCCCGGAUUAUAGGGGGCGAUGUGGCGCAGGCGGGUGAGUGGCCUUGGCAGGUCUCGCUGCACUAUCUCGGCGCCCAUGUCUGCGGAGGCUCCUUGGUGGCUCCGGACUUCGUGGUGACCGCUGCUCACUGCUUCCCAAGGUCCACCCCCUCUGGAUCGGCCGCCGCCAACUGGAAGGUUUACGUGGGGAACUUCAGCCAGGACGACCUGCCCGACCCGUACUAUGUGGAGACCGUCAUCCUGAAUGAGAACUAUAACAGCAAGACAAAUGACCAGGAUAUCGCCCUGCUGAAGCUCACACGGCCUGUGGCUUUUUCCUCCACCAUCCAGCCAGUCUGUCUGCCUGCCUUCAACCAGAAAUUCAGCAGCAGGGCACUGUGCUGGACCACCGGCUAUGGGACAACUGAGGAGAGAGCUGACCGAGGAUCGUGGAGGCUGAUGAAGGUGCGGGUGGACCUCAUCGACACGAGCGUUUGCAACAGCAGCAGGGUCUACGGCGGCAACCUGUCCAACAACAUGCUGUGCGCCGGAGACCUGGAUGGGGGCAGGGACUCCUGUCAGGGGGACAGUGGCGGGCCGCUGGUCUGUGAGGGCGAGGACAGGCGCUGGUAUCUCGUGGGCGUGACCAGCUGGGGCUCAGGCUGCGGGCAGAGGAUGAGGCCGGGGGUUUACAGCAACGUGCGGAGCCUGCUGCCCUGGGUGUACAGCAGGAUGCAGCAACAUAGACCAGGACGUUGACAUCACCCCAUUAUUCCGUACCAACUCCGAACCCCACAUUCCCAAAGACUGUCCCACCCCCACACUAUCAAGCCUCAAACACCCCCAUCCGAUUGCAGUCCAAGAGGUCAUCCUCUUCAUCAGCACAAGCGGACGCAGAGACGUCCGCUGGCAAGAGAAGAGGAUUUGGAGAGCGGGGCACAUCACCGGGGCACCGUGGCAACAGCCGGCCAGCCCAUCACCCCUCCAGAGCCAGCGGUUGUCACAUGCUUUUUACACCUUACUGUUUACACCUCUCAGUGACCGGCGCAACUUCCAAAAGGCUGAACCUCACCUCACAAAGCUUUAAUUACUCGCUUGUGUCCAGAGGUGAAACAAGAAUGAAUGUUCUGCUCUACAACAUUGCAACCUCCCACCCUGCUGUGGCUGUGUGUGAGCAGGCUUUUAUGUUAACUGAUACCUUCCCACACCUUCACUUUGCUUUACAUCCAAUGGUACACAUUCCCGCUAAUUAAGUAAAUUAUCGGUUAAUUCAUGCUUUCGUAGAUGCCAUCCUGAGUGUCUGUGCACUGACUUCCUGCUCAUGUUGUGUGUAAAGAUGCGUUUUGAGAUCUGUGAAUGUCUCUUGUAAAUCAUGUGUAUUUCAGACCGUCUGGGUAGUGGGAGUGGGGCGUGCUUUUUAUCAGGGGGAAAUCACCCCCUCUGUCCACAUCGACGACCAAAACUUUUUAAAGAUUUUCAGAGUUUUAUUUCUCUCUGUCUCUCUCCGACCAGUGACACAUCCAUCCUCUCUCCAUAUGCAUUACAGCUUUUAGAGUAUUCAAUUUUUAAUGGACCGAAACCUAUUCCUCUCUCCCUCUACCCAUACCCCAGACUAGCAUCUGUCUUCCUUACGCAGCAACAAACAAUCUCAACAUCCUUGUGAUGUGGUGACUAGAUAUUGGUCUUGUCGCACUUUAACUGGCUAGACGGGUGUGCUGUUGGCAGUAGCACUUUCUCUGUGGAAUACUGUGAAAUAUUCUUUGUGAUUAAACUUAUUUUUAAUAAUCCCAAAUGUUGCAACUGAAGAAAUUAUAAAUGAAAUAAAUUUAUCACUGAAUUCAAAAGGA